AUGGAUACUCCCACUGGUUACCAAUGUCGGUAUUCGUGUCCGGACAAGUUCUACGCCACGUCGGAAAAUUUCUGUCGGAAGUGCCCAGCGAAUUCCGAGCGCGAUUUCACCAGCUCGACCAAAACAGUUGCAGAUUGCAAAUGUUCCGGAGGAUUUGUUGGUGAUCCUGGAGCUUAUAUCCCUUGCGAAGAUAAAAAUGAAUGCGAAACGAACAACGGUGGCUGCUCCCACAUCUGUAUGAAUACCAGUUCCGGUCAUCCACUCACGAUCCCCGAUAAUGGUCGAGUAAUCGGUCCGACUAGCUGCGUCCGGCCCGACUACGGACGCGCUUUUCUCGGCGUUAAUUGCAGAUUUAUGUGUUCGCCAAAUUUCUCACUGAUCGGCGCGAGCAAGGCAACUUGUGGAAUGAGCGGCUGGUCCGCGCGCACUCCAAGAUGCAUCAAAGCUGAGUGCCCUGGAUUGGCGCCAAAGGUCGGCCAGGAAAUCGCUCCUCUGCAUUGUACUGCUGGUGGAAUACUUCCGGGUGCCAAAUGCAUUAUGCUCUGCCACAAAAACUACAUUUUUGAGGAUGGAACUAAGGAGAAAAAUGUGCGCUGUCAAUCUGACGGCUCAUGGGACCAACCUCAAGAAGCAUGCGUCUCGACAAAAGUAUCGAUCAAAUGUCCCUCGGAUGUCCGCGAAAGUCUCCCACCCGACGACGCCAUUGCCUGGCUCCAGUUAGAUAUCAAAUCCGCCAGUUCUUCUCAACCGACGACGGCUCAUCCUCGAGUGAGAAUGAACGGCCGUGCAUACGAGUACGGCUUUGAUCUUGGUGUGACUGAGAUUUCCUUCUCGACGCAAAAUCGAUUCACGGGAAAUGUCGCCUCUUGCUCUUUCUUUGUCGAUGUCGUGGAUGAUAGUCCUCCAGUGUCGAAAAAUUGUCAGAAGGGAGUUAUGCAUCAUUACAAUCCCGAUCGACAGAUCUUCUUUGACCCGAAAUUUGAAGACAACACAGGAGUGAUGCGAAUAGAUGUGGAAGGACUUCCAAGAGUCCCAAUGAAUCCAGGGGAGUAUUUAAUAACUUACAGGGCUUUUGACAAGUUCAACAACGUCGGUCUCUGCCAAGUAGCCGUCCUCGUCGAAGGCGAAUCUACUCUCAAGUAUUGGAUGACAACUCCCAAGCCUUAUCUUCACCGAACAACAACUACAGCAAUUUCCACCACAACUACCACAACUGCUGCUUCUCCCUGCGAGCGCGACCUACCCACGCCCCUUGACGGUCGAGUUUCAUGCCGCCGAGCUUCUUUUGGAAAACUUUGCCACGUGAUGUGUCCGAUUGGAUUCACCUUUUCAGAUGGACAAUCAAUGAAAAUUUAUAUCUGCCGAAUUUCAACUGGACGUUGGGAGCCGAAUACCCUGGAACAGACUUGCCCAAAUAUCAGAAAACAAAAUGAAAACUGCCCAGCUGGAAAAGAGUUUCGCGAUGGUCAGUGCGAAAAAUGCGAUCCUGGAACUUUCAGAUCUCCGAGAGCAAAAUCGUCACAGUGUGUUACCUGUCCAGCUGGCUACUAUCAGCCGAAUUCCGGCUCGUAUGGUUGCAGGAGGUGUCCGAAAAAUCUCGAUCGCUUUGGAAAACAAAUUCUCGGAAUGCGCGGAGCAAAAGAUGUGAAAUACUGUACUCGCCAGUAG